AUGGCCACAGAGUCAUCUACCCAAGGAAUAUUUACAGUUGUUCCUACAAAUAUAUCCAGCCAGGAAACCACAACACCAAGCAUCCUUGGAAAUAGCAGCCACUACCCUGUCUCUCAGGAUACCAAUGAGACCACGGUAACCAUCCCAGACACUACAGUUAAUUUCACAUCUAGCUCUGAGAUCACCCCAGUCCCUGGAACCACAAACUCUUCUGUCCAGUCACAGACUUCUCUAGCCACCACAGUGCCCACCACCCCAGCCGAUGUUUUGACUUCAGAGACGACCUUGAAGCCCAGCAUGUCACCUGGAAAUGUUUCUGAUGUCUCACCCAACAGCACCAUUCCUGUGACAUUCUUCACUGAAACUUAUACAUCAUCUCCUCCUACCUCAAGUACUGUCAAGGGAGAAAUCAAAUGUUUAGGAAUCAAAAAAAUCCAAGAAAUGAGAUUGCUUCAGGGCAUCUGGCUGGAGAUAAAUGAGACCUGCAGCUGUGAGGACUUUAAGAAAGACAAAGGAGAGGCCCUGAUUCAAAUACUGUGUGGGAAGGAGCAGGCUGACCCUGAGGCUGAGGCUGGAGGUUGCUCGUUGCCCUUUGCCCAGUCUGAGGUUACGUCUCAGUGUCUGCUGCUGGUCUUGGCCAACAGAACGGAACUUUCCAGAAAACUCCAAUUGAUGAAAGGACAUCAGUCUGACCUGAGAAAGCUGGGGAUCCAAGAUUUUACUGCACAAAAUGUCACGAGCCACCAGAGCCAUACCCGAAAGACCCUGAUUGCACUGGUCACUUCAGGAGUCCUGCUGGCUGUCUUGGGCAUCACCGGCUACUUCCUGAUGAACCGCCGCAGUUGGAGCCCUACUGGAGAAAGGCUGGGCGAAGACCCUUAUUACACGGAGAACGGUGGAGGCCAGGGCUAUAGCUCAGGACCUGGGGCCUCCCCUGAGGCUCAGGGAAAGGCCAGUGUGAACCGAGGGGCUCAGGAGAACGGGACCGGCCAGGCCACCUCCAGAAACGGCCAUUCAGCAAGACAACACGUGGUGGCUGAUACCGAAUUGUGACUCAGCUGGGUGGGGCAAAGCUGGGCAGUGUCUGGGAAAGAGCCCCUCCCUGCAUCUGACCACAUGCUGCCUCAUGCUGGAGGUGACAUCCCUCAUGUCCUACCCUUUCCCUUGCACACACCUCAGAGGCUGUUCCUGGGUCCCUCCACCUUGGGGAGAGUCAGGUAAACUCCUGCCCUUUACACAUUCGGCUCCCUGAACCCAGACUCUGGUCUUUCUUGGGUAAAGGUGUAAUGGGGAAAAGCUCCCGGGAAGGGUAAAUGGCCUUGCAGCAUUUACACAUGAGAUCCCCUUCCCCUGCCCUCCUCUGUCUCAUUACACGAGCCCUCAGGACCCCCCAGGGGAAAGGAGCCCCCAGGAGGCUUUGAUUUUUACUGUUUCUUCCUUUUAUGAAGGUACUUCAAAAAGUUCACAGAAAAAUAGAAUUGAAAGAUAAUAGGUAUCCUUGAACCUUCUGAAGUACCCUCAUAUUUUCUGUUUCUACUCUAGGGAAACCAGAGUAGCCCUUUGCACCUGCCCCCUUAUAAUGAUAUAUCCAGAAAAAUGUGCUGUCUUAAACCACUCCCCUUAUCCCUCAUCCGAGACACCGUGGAUUCGGUCACCAACUGCCCUCUUGCUCUCCAAGUUCACCAAGCUCCAAGUGGUCCCUUUAUUUGUGUACAGAGGCCUGCACAGUGUUGUGGUGUGAACCUGGAACUGGGCUUCAAGUUCUAGAACAAAGAGCUCAGUGCUAGCCUUUCUGGGACAACACAGAGACUCUUGUUGGGCCCAAAUGGAUGGGACCAUGGGACCAGGUCUUCGAGCUGAUUCCGCUGUGCUCUUCUGAGGCAUGCUUUUGAUCUGAGGCUAGGUCCUGGCCUUAUCCUCUGAUAUCCAUGGCUUUCUCUUCCCUCCCGCUGACUUCGGGGUUGAGCCGUGGCCUCAGUUCUCCUGCAG